AUGCCGCCGAUCAGCAUGGAACAAAUCUCCGAAAUCGAACGCAUCGUCCAUGACCUCAAGAUCGACCGAGAUACGUGGCAGGCUGUGGCGCUCCAAUACAAAGCGGCCUUCGAAGCUCAGACAUCCCGCCUACACGAACUGCAAAACGUGUGCUUUGCUACGCAAGCCGAGUUGGAAAACGAGCGAGCUCAACAACGUCUCCAGACAAUCUCUGGCGAGCGCGAGAACCACCGUCCUGCUACCUUCGACGGUACUGAGGACCUUCACGUCAAUUACACUUUUGGCACCGCUACUGUAUGCUUACCGAAAGAGAUCGAGCCAACUCACUUGCGACGGCCGUCCGAAGAUUGCACCCACCCCUUGUUCAAGCGCGCGCAAGAGUGUACCGCUCAGCGUAACUACGGCACUGCCCUGGUCGAGGUUGAGCGACUCCUGAAAGGCCCGCUUAGCUACAAGGCUCGCGCCGAAGGCUUACUCUUGAAGAGCAAUAUCCUAAGAGCCUCUGGCCCCGAUGAGCUCCUUGACGCGCUAGCUACGUGCAGCGAAGCCGUAGAGCUCUGCGACCGUCUCUCUGAGCUUCAGAACUUCUUGCCACGCAUACAAUACCAGCGUGGCCUGUUGUACUAUGAGCUGCGUCAACUCCACCAGGCCCGAGAAGCCUUCAGCACCGUUUGCGACGACGACCUCUCCGCUAAAGCCAGGGAGUUUCGCAAGUCUUACGAUGAUGAGCUGGAUCUGCUGCGCUGUACCAAGCGUCGGUCGGGCUUUGAUGAGAACCGCACUAUGGAAGGCUUGCUCGCCCAACUGGAGGAUAAGGGCACAGAGAACAAGCGCCGUCGAACCAGUGCGCAACUUAGGCAGCGCGCCGCCGCGAAAGCGAGACGAAUGUCGUUGCCCUACCGCUGGGUCAAACCAAAGAGCGACGAACAUCACCGAGAGUAA